GGCUGUCUACCCACCCACAUACUGCACCGGGCCAAUUGAAACAGAAUCAGGGUUUAAAGAGCAUGAGCCCGAGGUUGAAAGUACAGAUCGGCCUCAAGCCGCAACACCAGACUGCAUACAGGUUGCAAACCGAGGAGGCUUUCUUGAACGAAAACCUGGUGAACGGCUAUUCGGUGUUUCUUCUGCCGAUAACUAACCAGCUUUACAAGGAGUUGUGCAAAAGCUACUUCCAGUCGUGGUCCAAGUCGCCGGGCGAACACGAGCACUCAGUGGACUCCUUGCAUGUUCCCAACCCUGAGUUGAAACACACCGAUAUCUCGACAGGAAAGCAUGUCCAGCAUACCGUCGGAUUGAUCUCCUCAUGGAUAGAGUUGGACAGCGAUGACAUUGUCAUAAGUGAAUUCUCUUUUCAGGCGUUCUACAACGAGGUGUCGUUUGCCAACUACCUUGGCAUCAAAACUUUCAUGUUAAGUCCUCCGAAAAACAUCAAUAAUGUUCAAAUAUUUUCCUCAAACAUAGCUAAAUUACUUGAUCUUCUUCCUUCUAUCCACAUCACCAUAUCUCUGCCAAUGUCACAAGAUUUACAGGAUAAAAAUCUUUCCUACUUCGAUUCUUACUCUACUUGGGGGAUGUGGAACUCAAUAAGGUUGAUCUGCAAUUACCACCCAAGCCUUUCAGUGUCUCUCGGCGCCCCAAAAUCAAAUAUUCCCUCGGCAAUCCUUGACCGUUGGCUUUUAGAGCCAAUCAAAUUUUAUUUGAUCUCUGCCUCAAAGUUCAUCCCGAAUGCAAAGUGCUAUCCGGUGUUGCACAAGUUCAAUCAGUUGAUUAUUUGGAAAUUGAUUCAAUACAAAGCAUUGGAUCCUCCGGUGCUGAUGCUUCAUGGUGUCGACAGGGUUAAAACAACACACAGUAAACACCAGAACCCUUCUCCAAAUACCAUGAAAGAGGUUGAUGACAACUCUAAGUCUACCUUCCUUUCGUAUAUUCAAUACAUCGUAAAUUCAUCAUACAAAUCAGACUUGCUACCACGUUUGCAUGAUUUCACAAUUGCAGCGUUACAGAAAUCAGGCAUUUCAAAAUCUACCUUAUUUUCGCCUUACAUCCUACAAAGUCCCAUUGAGCCGAUAGUUGACAAUUUAGAGAACGAGACCUACAAGGUUUUUGAACAAGAUAGCUUCAAGUAUGAGCAGUAUGAGAGAGCAAUAAUGAAGGCAUUGGUCGACUUGCAUAGCUCAUGGACAUCUAACUCAAAACCACACAUAUUGUUUUUGGGUCCAGGUCGUGGCCCUUUAAUAGACCGCUUUUUUUCUGCUCUAGACCUUCUUUCCGUAUCAUCAAAAGAUUUUAUAAUUACAGCCAUCGAGAGAAAUCCAAAUGUUAUGAUACUAUUGAACCAGAAAAAUGUGAAGUACUGGAAUUCCGAGGUAAGAAUCGUCAAUGCUGAUUCGAGAGGUUACGCUCACUUGGAUUAUAAAGCGAGAAAUCCCAAAUUCAAUAUGGUGAUCUCUGAACUUAUCGGUAGCUUUGGCUGUAACGAAUUGAUGCCUGAAUGCAUUGAUAGCAUUUCAACGGCAGAUCUUUGCGACAAGAAUUGUAUCUUUAUCCCCCAAGAUUUGCAUUGCUAUGUUUCUCCAGUAUUUUGCCCAAAACUAUGGAAAUUUGCAUCUUUAACAUCAGCAGACAAACUUUAUGUCCCUAUGCUUCCAGAAAUGGAAAUUCUAUUAGAUUUUCCUAAAGAAGUGUGGAAAUUUGAAAGUAAAGUACGCCAAACUACUUUGGAAAACACAGCCACCAUUUUCCAUUCUUUUAAUAGGCACAAUUCAAGACAAUGCCGAGUUUCGAUGGAGCCAACUCGCAAGGGAUUAACUCACGGUCUGGCUGGAUUUUUCAGCUCUACAUUAUAUGAUGAUGUUAUAGUAAGCAAUCUUCCUAAACCUCCAGGAGUCGAUGAUGCUGUAUCUUGGUUACCAGCAUUUUUUCCAAUUGAAAACCCUUUGAAUCUAUAUGAUGGCCAGGAAAUUAGUUUGUUUAUUCGCAGAGUUUGCUCUUUGGAUAGCGUUUGGUAUGAAUGGUCAGUCGAAUGCUUUCUCUAUAUGCUUGCUCCCAGCUCUAACAACAACACCAAUUUAACUGGAACUCCGCCUGCAACGCCCUCACCGGAUCGAAACCAGACAUCGAAACUACCCCCUUCUUUGUUGAUGACUAGAGGUGAUUCCGAAAAAGCUAAUGAUGAGACACUUCUAAAACAAAGCGUCGAAAUGGACAGAAACCAAAAUCAAUCCAUACAUACUUAUGAUGACGCAAGCCUGUAUGUCACGAAGAGCUUCAAUGAAAACGCAUCUUCCGCAAGCUCUCAGGCUGACUACAAAGUCAGAGUAUGUACAGGACUUUCAAGGGUUCAUAAUCUAAACGGAACUGGAUUCAAGUUUCGCCUAGUAUAAUGUAUAUAACGUAGACACCAAUUCACAGACAAAAACAAAUCUCGAAAGUCUACGGUGCAUAAAUAUCGUAACUUUUUACAUAGAUAGAUCUUAUACAUGCAUAAAUAUAUUUGAAAUAUAUAAUGAAAAUAAAAGGACAAAAGGAACCU